UAUUUCGGCCGACGAUUGCUUUCUUUCAGAUCCUUCAUCGUGAUGUUUCGCGCCAGAAAGGACUGGUUUAGAGCUUUGAACCAAUUUAAACUCGCUAAAAUUGGGAAGCCAUUUUCGAGCAAUCCCACUACCACGGGCUCCACCAGCAAAGGAGGCGGCAGCGGCGGCGGCGACAAGACUGAGUCCAGUUUAACUAAGUAUGACGAGUCGUAUCGGCAGUUAGACAAUCUCGACUUCAUGACCGCCGCUAAGAUCCUCUUUACUGAUCCUCCCAAGGAAAAGAAAUUUGGGUAUUUUCCGUAGCCUCAAAAUCUCUUCUGCCACGGAACUUGAGGUAAAGAAGAAAAAGGAAGAUGAAAAGAAAGCAAAAGAACUUGAAUUGAAAGCUAUUGAAGAAAAAGAAACAGGUAAUCCAGAGUUAUGGGAGGUGAAAACAAGGCUAGAUAAACUAGAGGAAUCUCUCAAAAAAAUUGUGGCCGAGUCAAAACAGCCAGGCAAUGGAGCGGUGAAGAACAAUGAAAGAGAUGUGGAGAAAAAAGAUUUUGCAAGGACUGAGACAGGCAGCAGUAAAGAGUAAAUAAGAAUCAAGCACAUCCAUUCACACUGAGAAAGAACCUUGCGGUGGACUUAAUUUUCAAGGAUAAAAAUCAGUCCCGGAUGAGGUAUUUAAGUACAACAGUUACAUAAACUUAUUUAUGCUACCAAUAUCCAUAUUUAAAAAAAUUAGUAUUUGACAUUUAACAAGGUUGCAACAAAAAAUAAACAUUACAUAUUUAUGUCGUCAAAAAAAUUAGUUAAGUAUUUAAGUACAACACAUACAUGAAUUUAAGUAUUUAUGCGACUAAUAUCCCAUAAUUCUAUAACUAUUUACUAAUAUCCCACGCUAUUUUUGAGUGCAAACUUGGCUACAUUGCUUUUAUUUUUUAAUAAAUAAUUUUUUUUUCAUCAUCCUUUGUAAUUCCAUGUUAGAUGAGAAUUUUAGUGUGAAUAAUAACAUUAUUUUUUUAAAACAAACAUUUAGUGCUAGUAUCUAAUUAUCCAUUAUUGAAAUUUCAUGUUAUAUGAGAAUUUUAGUGUGAUGAAUAGCAUUUUUUGUUUUUUUCAAACAAACAUGUAGUGUUAGUAUAUAAUUAUUUUAUGCUAAUUCAGCUUAUGAUAUUGUUUCAAGUCAGAUUGAAAGUAUUUUUUUUUACAAUUGUUUCGAAUGGGAUGGAAAAUAUUUGUGUUAUCAAAGUAAUAAUCUCUAGAUAAAAUACCCCAAAAUUUUAAGUGGGUUUUAUGUGAAAAUAUUAAUGAGGUUUUCUAGUAAUUCAGGGACAUAUUCAAAAUACAAAAAUAAAAAAGAAAUAAAUUAAGGAGGCUUGUUUUCAAUUUUAUCACGUACGUGGCCUUAGUUUGAUUAACCCUUAAGCCCUAAAUUGUUGUAAAUCCCAGACCCUGCCAUCAAUCCCAAUUCCCCUACCUUCCUCCCUCGCUCAAGCACUCAUCAAUGGCUCGCCUGAUCCGACCUUUGAGAAAAACCCUUUAUUCUAUGUCACCAUCUUCUUCUGGUUCCUCUUCCAAACCUCUAGCUUUGUUGCAACUUCACCAGCAACCACAUAUCUCCCUCUUAAAUACCCAUCUCUCUCCACAAUCUCCAAGAACAUACAUUUCGGAAAUGUGCAAAUCGGCCUUCGAUGGCAACCUUCUUAGGCUCCUCCGUAAUGAGAUCCAGUACGAAGUGGAGGCCUCACCUCCUGACCAGCCAGUUACAAAAUUUGAUUCAUUUGCAAUUGAUAGCCGACCUGGAGAGCAAUGGGUUAGCUUGAAAAGAAAAUUGGAGGAUGAAGAUAUAAAAAUCGAAGCUACCAUGUUUGAUGGGGUUGUUACUUCUUCAAAAUCGGGUGCGCCUGUUGUUGGAAAAGAUGAUGUGGAGUUUCACAUUAGCGCAGAAGAAAUUGAGAGUGACAGUGUUUCGAUUCGGAAACAAGAAAAUGUGCCUGCUAAGCCUUAUCCUGGUCCUGUAUUUAAGGAGUUGGGUGAGAAUCUUCUGCUAAUGGGUUCCACCGGCGGCAGAUCCUUCAUCGUGAUGUUUCGCGCCAGAAAGGACUGGUUUAGAUCUUUGAACCAAUUUAAACUCACUAAAAUUGGGAAGCCAUUUUCGAGCAAUCCCUCUACCACGGGCUCCACCAGCAAAGGAGGUGGCAGCGGCGGCGGCGACAAGACUGAGUCCAGUUUAACUAAGUAUGACGAGUCGUAUCGGCAGUUAGACAAUCUCAACUUCAUGACCGCCGCUAAGAUCCUCUUUACUGAUCCUCCCAAGAAAAAGAAAUUUGGGUUAGAUUUCCACCUGGUACAACUCUUCUUUGUCUUGAUGCCUUCAUUGGCUGUAUAUUUGGUAGCCCAAUAUGCUCGUUAUGAAAUAAAAAGAAUGGAACAGGAACUGGAGGUAAAGAAGAAAAAGGAAGAUGAAAAAAAAGCAAAAGAACUUGAAUUGAAAGCUAUUGAAGAAAAAGAAACAGGUAAUCCAGAGUUGUGGGAGGUGAAAACAAGGCUAGAUAAACUCGAGGAAUCUCUCAAAAAAAUUGUGGUCGAGUCAAAACUGCCAGGCAAUGGAGCGGUGAAGAACAGUGAAAGAGAUGUGGAGAAAAAAGAUAUUGCAAGGACUGAGACAAGCAGCAGUAAGAGUAAAUCAGAAUCUAGCACAUCCAUUUACACUGAGAGAGAACCUUGCGGUGGACCUAAUUUUCAAGAACAAAAACCAGGCCCGGGUGAGGGGAAGGAAGGUAAGCAAGCCUCGGCAGUUUCCAAUCCCAGGUAGAAUCAGACUAACACCAUCCAAGAUGAAGGAAUAUCUCAAGGACGCCAAAGUUGAACAGAAUGGGUUUUUGGCUUUAAAUCCUUACCGCUUGUAACUAUCUUCUUGCAGCAUGAAGCAAAUCAUUUAAUUGUGGUGCUAUUCCAAUCAUUUUGUGUGGAACAUCUUAAGCAAAUUUUGUCGCAUAACAAUUUCAAAGUAAUAAGAAUUUGACUAGCAAAUUUUGUUGCAUGACAA